AUGGAAAAGCGCAAUUUGAAAAAUACUCCCCGGGCGGGUACCAGCAAUGGAGAAUCCCGUGCACCCUCGGAAGAGGGUGUCUGCCGCGCGUAUACGGGGGCGGCACAAAGUGCGUCGAGUGAGGCGGAGGCCGCUAAGGCGGCGAGACAGAAGGCCAUUUUGGCGGCGUUAGGAGGAGGUGACAACGCGAAGAAACGCGACAGCCCGAAGCCGGCGCCCAUUACCGCGCCGGCGGCGGAGCUUUUAACGGAUGAGGACAUUGACUUCAGCCAGCCGCAGCCCAACGGCGUUGAGCGGAUGCUGAAGUUAAUGCAGAAGAAGAAACUGAGAGGCGACAAGGAUCUGCCGCGUGUUCUUUUGACACGCGACGUGAAAAUGCCGCCUCCAAGUACCGGAAAAGACGAAAUUGGUCGAGACUCCCCUAGCGGUCGAGUCUCCCAACAUGGACGUGACUUACACGGACAUGACAGCGAGGACUGGCUCUCGGACUCCAGUGAGAUGUCUGGCAUAUCGCUGGACUCUGAGGGCUUGCCCGCAUUCACGGAUAUGACGCGCCGGAAGAGGCGCUCUGACGACGACAUGGCGCCGCCCCUCAGUAAAGGAGCGGUGCCCAAACCUAAGAGAGGACGCGGCCGCCCGCCAACGACCGGACAAUAUGUCGGCUUGGCAAAGGCGCAGGCCGAUCUCAAUAGAGAGAAAGAGGAGGCCCUUCGACUCCAGGCCGAGGAGGAGGUAGCCGAGGCGGCCAGGGCGGCGCGAGAGACGCGUUCUUCGCUCCUUGCAAGCCCCGCCGCCAUGGAAGAAGACAUGCCAGAGCAGACCAACUACGCUCUGGCCCAGUGUGUUGAGACUUCGCUGGGAACGAUCUCCAUGGUCGCAGCGAAGUCGAACAACCUCAAGGGGACGUUCCAGCGUCUCCUUAAGGAGGCGGUCAGCGACAUACGCGCCACCGUCGCCGAAAUGAGAAGCCGCGGAGCGACCGAAGAAAUGAAGGCCCUCGAGGCUCAGAAUGCGCGGCUCCAGAAGGAAGUGGAGUCUUUGCGCAAAGAGCUAGAGGAGCUACGUCGUCAGGUGAUGAAACCGGCCGAGCAGGACAUGCGCCAGCUGUUGUCUGAGGUCUCUCGUUCCAACGUAGAGACCUUCAGCAACAUGCUGAACGCUCGGCUGGCCGGACUGGAGAGUCGGCUCCUCCCAGAGCCUCGACUGCGACCUCCGCUCGCGGCGGACAGAGCCCGGAGUAUCACACCGGCCGCCGUCGAAAGCGUUGAGGCGCCACCGGAACAGACGCCGGGGCCCCCGAAGCAGAAGGCCAAGGGGAAACCGGCCCCAAAUAAGACACGGCAGCCAGCCGCAGUGGCCCCGCAAGAGGCCCCUGCCGCGCCCGAGGCGCCCAAGGCCAAGAAGGGCCGGAAGAAGAAGCGGCCGUCAAUGGCCGCUCAGGAGGCGGCACAAGGGGGAGCGAACACCAGCUCCCCUCGUACUGAGACCCCUUGGACCAAGGUGGAGGAGUCGGCCGUGAAGGCGGGUUUGACAUACGCCAAGGCACUUGAGACGGCCCGGCGGGCGGUGAACAUCGCGGAGUUCGAUAUUCCGCAAGUCCGCUUCCGCCGGGCCCGAACUGGAGGGCGCCUCCUCACUAUCGCCGGUGAGGGCGCAGAGAAGAAGGCGGAUGCCUUUGCCGCGAGGCUGAAGACAGUCCUGCCACCAGAAGUGAAGGUCGGACGGCCGGUUGCAAGCGCGGAGAUGCGCAUCGCCGGCCUUGACGACUCGGUGACGGCCGCCGAAAUCAUGGAAGCGGUCGCACUUGAAGGGGAGUGCCUGGCCGGCGAUCCGGGGCACAAGGCGGCAGAGUGCGGGGCAGCAAGGCCGAACUGCUCCCUGUGCGAGGCCGCUGGCAGAGUUGAAAGGGGGCACGAGCUGGGCAGAUGUCCAUCUGCUAAAAAGCCGGCCCCCGGAGAAGACAAGGCGCCGACCAAAAAAGCCCGACAGAAGUCGAGGCCAAGGGGCGCGCGGGCCCCGCUCGCUCCCGCCCGAAUGGAGACGGACGCCUAG